AUGACAUUUUCACAUGACACGACAUGUGAUAUUUUGAUUGUUGGUGGUGGUGGUGCUGGCGGUGGUCGUCAGGGUGCCGGUGGUGGUGGUGGUGGUGUCAUGUAUCUAACUAAUCAGACAAUAACCGCAGGAAGUCAUACAAUAACAGUCGGAAAAGGUGGGGUUGCUGCCUCAACCGACACAUUAGGAGGAGCCGGCUUUUCAUCAAGCUUUGAUAGCUUCACAGCAUACGGAGGAGGCACAGGCGCAGGGUUUAGCAUAAAUGUCCCAGAUUAUAACGCUAGCACUUAUAUCAUAGCAUCAGGAGGAGGAGGGAGGGGAUGGGGUACUAGCGCCUCCGAUGAUGGAUGGUACAACGGAGGUUUAGGCAAUGGGAACACGUCAGAUCUUACACUAAACGGAGGCGUUGGCAAUAAUGGUGGUAGAGGAUAUCAAGACCUUACAGGCUCAGAAUCUGGAAGCGGAGGAAUAGAAACCGGAUUAUUAGGCGGUGGCGGUGGAGGAGCUGGAGCUGUAGGAGGUGACGCUACGCCUAACAGUCAAACAUCUCCGACAUACACGGGCAAGGCAGGAGAUGGAGGGGUUGGCAUUGAAAUAAAUAUCAAGGGUGGCACCGGCAAUUAUUACGGAGGAGGUGGAGGAGGUGGUUCUUACUCUGUUUCUUCUGACAUUGUAGGAGCUGGAGGGCUCGGAGGUGGAGGAGGAGGGAGAAACAACGCAGCAGGAACAGCAGGAGCAGCAAACACCGGAGGCGGUGGAGGAGGUGGAGGAUAUGCUAAUGAGACAGGAGGAAACGGAGGCUCUGGAAUUUUUAUCAAGUUACAUUACAUCUUCAAGCUUAACGACAACACUUGGAAGUUAUGUUACAUCUUCAACCCUCACUACUACAUUAGGAAGUUAUGUAACUUCAACAAAUCUAACUAG